AUGCAGACAAACAAGCGUCGAGGACAAAGGAGUCCAGUCGAGCCAUCUUUUAUGAGUGUGCCUCUGCAGUAUGAUCAGAGACACACCGCCUCAACCAGCGACCUCCACAUCGCCUGCGGCCCAAACGGCUACGCUGAAAAUGACAACAGUCGCGGUCGGCAGACAUUCCAUCGCGAGCGGAGGCACAUAAGGCCGGAUCACAUUCGGCCGAAGCGACCGAUCUCAGCACAAAUAUAUGCGCAGAACUCCUCAUCUGAAAGCAGGGAAAGUUUAACCAAUGUUCACCUCACACUACCCAGAAAAAGUGCUCUACGGAGGGCAGCUGAGAGCCUAGACUCCACUGGCAGUCUUCCAACCAUGCAGGGCCCCCACGAGCCCAACGAACUGCUGGAAGCGCCGGCGCGGAAGCCUCCAGCUCCACUUCAUGGCGUCAUCCUCAAGAACCGCAAACGCCCCAUGAAGGGGUGGCACGAGCGCUUCUUCUCACUGAACAACGGUUGCCUUGCCUACGCAAAAACCUCGAAUUCUCUACGGCAAGGAAGAUCGCUAACCCAAAUCGAUCUCGCCAAUACCUGCGUUACUGCUGCACCCGAAAAAUUGGGCAUUGAUAUUGACGCGGCGUCCCUAGUGUGCCACUUGAAGUUUGAAGAACCCGAGAGGUUUCAGCAGUGGUUGACAGCCAUCAGGGAGCAUCGAGCUUACGACCAAUAUCGAAACGCCUCACUGUCCACGGGUCGACCUGGCGCCAGCCAACCAACGUGGAGUGCUGCAUCCACCCUCAGCGGGGAUGGAGCCGUCUCAACAAGCAGUGGUUCUUCCGCCCAUACCGGUGAUUCGUUGCAAGGCGUGGGGAAAACGAAAGUCAAACGGUUGCCAAAGGUUCAAUCGGAUUUCUCUUUAAGACCACCGGAGCAUCUACUGAGGCAUUCCAGUGAGCAAAUCACAGCAAUUGAAAAUUUGCUGCGAAAAUUGGAGAGUAUAUACAAAAAUCUUCAGGAUACUCUGGAUGAAUCAGUGGAGCAGAACAAGCGAGAAAAUGACACAGAUACCACCAGCUACAGUCCAACGCGUAGCCUCUUCUUCUCGCCCGUGCCCUUCCCACAGGCUGAUGCGACGAGCCCUAACACAAAACCCUCCCAAGCUGUCCAACACAGUCGCCACAGUUCAUCAUCCUCCAUGACCAGCAUGUAUACUGCAAUUCAAGAAGCCGACACAUUAGUCGACGACCCUCAGUUGACCAGUCGGGCCCAGAGCAAAAUCAAAAAGGGCAUAAACUUGGUGGAUUUUGCAACAGAAUUCACUAAAGAGGCCAAAAAGUUUAUCGAAGAAUCGAAUGGAGCCCUCGCAACGCUUCGGCUGUUGAAUAGCAGUUCAACCUACGCCACAUCACCAAGUAAGGAGCGAGCGUCAACCCUAACGGACGCAAAUAAGGUAAACCCCACGUUUAGUGCUCAUCCGUCUGCUGCUGCUGCUGCUGUUGCUGCUGUACCUGGGAUGGUUCUUAGCCGAGUUAUCCUGAAAAUCGGCAUUCGUAACAAGUCGGACGACAGUCGCAGAACAUCCAUGAAUAAUUGUCUUUCAAGACUGUGUUGGAAACUCAAUUCAUGGAAAAGCUGGCUGAAGCCUUCUGAAAAAAUGCGUGUCUAUAAGCGAUGCAUGAAAUGGACUUCAGGUGGUGACGCGAUUUUGUGCUAG